UUAACUAAUUAAAACUCCUACAUUUUUAAAUUCAUGCAUAUAAAUUACAUAACCUAUAUAAAGCACAAUAUCUACCACAAAAAAUGAAACAACAAUCCAUUACACCCCUAAAAAAUACAUAAUUUUUUCUUGUAAUUAUUAUUUAUAUAGUCAUUUUAAUAUAAGUUGAUUGUAAAAAUGGAGAAUGGAAAGAAGAGAAUGGCUUUGCUAGUAGGAUGCAACUAUCCAAACACACAAUAUUCAUUGCAUGGUUGCAUCAACGACGUUGUUUCGAUGCAAGAGCUCCUCAUGGAACGAUUAGGGUUCGAUAAAAGCUCGAUCGAGCUCCUAGUAGAUGAAGGUCCAUGGUCUAAAGCAUUGCCAACCGGUGUUAACAUAAAGAAUGCACUAAACAAGAUGAUUGAUGAAACCGAAGAAGGGGAUGUCCUGUUUUUCCAUUAUAGUGGGCAUGGUACACUAGUCCCUUCUAAGCAUCAUCUUAAUAAAAAGGAGGAAGCAAUUGUUCCUUGUGAUUUCAACCUUAUUACAGAUGUGGACUUUAGACAACUAGUGAAUGGGCUACCAAAAGGAGCAAGUUUCACAAUCCUCUCAGAUUCAUGCCAUAGUGGAGGCCUCAUUGAUAAAGAGAAAGAGCAAAUUGGGCCCAAUACCUUAUCUCCUACAUCACAACUAAGCAAUAACUUGGGCCCAAAACACUCCAAGCCCAAAAAAAUCCCAAUUGAAUCAAUGUUGAACCACUUAGCCUCUCUUACAAACAUGGUUGAGUCUGAAAUAGGGGAACACCUAACCACCCUCUUUGGUGAUGACGCGAGCCUAAGGUUCUGUCUUCCGGAACUAGACCAAGAUAAGUUGUUUGGACCUCAUAGGCCGGACUCCGGUAUCUUGUUGAGUGGGUGCCAGACCAAUGAGACCUCAGCGGACAUGCCUCCUAUGGGGUCCAAUGGAAAGGCCCAUGGGGCCUUCACGUAUGCUGUUCAAUCCGUGUUCAAAGCCCAACAAGGCCCACUUAGUAAUAGAGAGGUGGUGAUGUUGUCUAGGGAGGUGCUUGAGCAAGAAGGGCUUGAGGGGCAGCAUCCUUGCUUGUAUUGUAGUGAUGAGAAUGCUGAUGCACCCUUCUUGAUGUGGGAUGAUGCACAAAGCAAAAUUGACCUAUAAUUAUCAUUUGAUUUGUAUUGAAUCAAUAAAUCUCAUAAUCAAUUGUGUUUCCUUUAAUGCAUAGUUCAAGUGAAUCGAAAAACAAUUAAAUAUGUUUUAUUAUCUUCUAAUAACUUGUUUGAUAGCUAGCCAGUAAUAAAUAACCGUAACAAUAGCAUAUUGGUUUGUAAUUUGUUUUUCAAGUUGUGUGACGUAUGGAUUGCAUCGUAAUAGACAU